UCCGGAGUCGACCAGACGCGGACUUUCUGUUGUUUUUGUUUUCUUCUGAUAGUUCCUUUCUCUUGAUGUUGAUAUUACACAUUUACAUUAAUUAUUUAGGGUACAUGGAGAUCCGCGUUUUGCCAUCCAGAAGCGCCCCUUUCUUCCUACAAAUGUGUGAACUUAGUCAGUAUUUGUGGCCACAUUUCAAGUUAGCCCUAGCUGCUAACAAGUGACGGAUUGACCUCGAAGGCGUCAUGCCUCGCAGGAAGAAAAACGGACACAGCCCGACCAGAGUCCCCGACUGGGAGCUAGUGGGGGAAAGCCUCGCUAGGGAUUCCGCUGGCGCAAUGGCUUCCAACUUUUCCAACAGCAAAGCAGGCUCCGAAAUCACCCAAAACAUGCGAGAGAUGUUUUCCCAUUUGGACCCAGAAGUUAUACACAUGGUGCUGGCUGAGUGUGACUUUAAAGUUGAAAGUGCAAUGGACGCCCUCUUGGAAUUGUCAAUUGCUGCUGAACUUGCAACCCCUGUUUUAUUGCCCAUUUCUGGAUUUGAGCGCACUGCUGCAGCCCUGCUUAGUCCUAGUCAUGUUUCCAAACCUGCACCAGACGCUGUCUCAGAGCAAGUCACCUCUCCAUUAUCCACCAGCUUGCUAACAGAAGAGUUGGACUUUGAGGUUGAGCAGGAGGUCCAAAAUCUGACUGCUCAACAGGAAGCCGGCAUCCCACUUUCCUUACCUCAAUCACAGCAGGUCUUCCCUGAGCUGCCUCAUUUCAAUCAGUGUGGGCGGGGCUCAGCCGGUCACUUGGUGCAGUCUGAUACCUGCUCUCCAAUGGACCCGCUCAGCACUGAGGCCCGGAAGUUGGUUGUGGAUUUCCCAUAUUUAAGAACAGAUCAACCUGUGGACGGGUCACAAACCUCUCUGAAUCUUGCAUCUGCAGAACGUCCCUCUGCGUUCCAGAUGUAUAAAAAGAACGGGUCAUCACAUAUCAAUUCUGAAAAUACAGUCGGAAGAUCUCAGACAACCGCAACACCAUGGAACCUUAAUUCACCUGCCUUCACUCCCAGCUUUCAUGGAAACCAGAGGCCACCAUGCUUCAUCACACCUGCUGCACCUUUGAACUGGCCAAGUCGUGAUAGGGAUCCUUCUCCGUGGAGAAGUCAAGCCCCUCUUCGACCUUCUGCUAAUAUUGCCACCUCCAGACCCAUGGCUGGUGCAGCACAGCCCCCCAGUCGCUCAAGCAGGCUUUCUUUGGAAGGGUGGGUGCUCGUGUUGAUACGUGGCGCACCAGGAUCCGGCAAAACCACGUUGGCUAGAGCUUUAGUAGAACAUAACCCAGGGGCAGUUGCACUGAGUACUGAUGACUACUUCACUCGUCAAGGACAUUAUCACUUUGACCCCACUGCUCUUGGGCAAGCUCAUGAGUGGAAUCACAUGCGAGCCAAAGAAGCUUUUGAGAGGGGCGCCAAUCCCAUCAUAAUUGAUAAUACAAACAUGCAGGGGUGGGAGAUGAAACCCUAUGUGGCCCAGGCACUGAAACAUAAUUAUAAAGUGCUGUUUCGAGAACCCGACACUUGGUGGAAGAACAAGCCCAGAGAGCUACAAAGGCGCAGCAAACACCACGUACCUGUGGAAACCAUUCGACGCAUGCUGAAUGGAUAUGAGCGCUUCGUGACAGUCAAGUCCAUUAUGGGUGCAUUCAUGCCUGAGUGGAAACAGCGCCUUCUGUUAGAGAAUAGAAACAUACAGUGUGUGACUCCUGAUGCAAAAUGUCCCGACCUUGUCAGCGAAUCUGGACUGAUGACAAAAAAUUCCCGUCCCCAUCUCUAUUCCUCCCUUCCUGAUGUGUCAUCUGUAGGCCAUUUUUCGGAGGCGGGAAAGUUAGAAGAUGACAGCUGCACUGGACAUUCUGAACAAAACUCUGAACAUUUAGACAAGGAUGAUGACAUGGAUUUGGGGGCGCUAGACUCUGAGCUGGAUGCCCUUCAUAAUCCAGGUGGAAACCAGAGGAUACCUGACUGUAUUGUGGAAUCAGUGAUGAACCACGGCAGGGAUGAAAUUCCACUGCCUUGCUCUGAGUCUGUUAAACAAAGGGUACCAAGACCAACAAAGAAGUGUGAUUUUCACGAGGCAGACUCUGCAGAUCUGGUAAAAGAUAUUAACCAGUCAGAUGGCUUGGCGAUGGAACAAGGACGGAUGAAGGAUGCAUCAGCAGGGAGGGAGGAAGGCGAGAAGUCUCGGAUAUUGCAUUUUGCCGGGGACUGGCCGACUGAAGAGGCAUUAGAGCAACGGCAGGAGAGGAGCAAGAGGAGAGAGAGGGAUGAAGCGGGUGAUGGAAAUGCAGUCACGGUGCCGUCUAAAGAAGAUAAAAAAGACACAGACAAAGGGAAGGCUGGACCUAAUCUCACAGAGUUCCAGAAGCUUCUUGACCUCAUUCAGACUGGUGUAGUUACUUGCCAGUCGGGUUCUUCGUGUUCAUCCCCCCUUUCUCUGUGCCAUGGACAGGAGUUGGAUACAGUUUACAAGAUAGAAGAAGCCUUAGGCUGUAGGUCUCAGAGUGAGGAAACAGAACUGAACUUAAACACAGCUAAAAGCAGUAAAGGUGAUUUACCGGAUUGUGUCUUGGACUGGAAAGCUGCUGACUCUUACAGAGAUGAUGGGGAGGUUCUUAAAAGUGAAACAACAGUUGGUGGAAGAGAGUCAGAUUCUGCUGCAAAUACUCUGUGGGCUACAGCUAGCGAUACACAAGAGAAAGAAAUCCAUAACACUGAGCAUGAGGAAGACAUGAAGAUGUUCAAAGAGCAGAGAGACAUUGAGGCAACAGUGCAGCUUGAUAGCGGCCAUUCUAUUGGCGUAUGUCAGGCUCCUGAAGGCAGUGUUCUCAGUGGAGACAUCCAAGAGCCAAGGCAGCGUCAAGGUCGCAGAUCAGGGAAACAGUGCAAACUAGCCCUCACCUUCACUCAAAACUGCCCAGCUCCCUUACUGAAUUCACUUGAAUGUCCAAGUACCACAGUGAAAAAUGAUGAUGGUCAACUCAUAACACGUCCUGACUGUGACACCCGUAAUAGCAAUCGUACACCAGACUUGUUCACCAAACCUGAAGACGACCUCCAUCUGCAACCGUCCUCGCUUCCCUAUCCAGAUGGAGGUUGCCCCACCCAGACUGAACCUCAGGACUUUGCCCUUCUUUGGCGUCUCAAUCGUCAAGACAAGCCACCGUGCACUGCAGUUACUUACCGUUUAGGUAAAAUCAGAUUCCUAUGCGGCGACGCCUCACGUUUUGUGCCAGAGGUUGCAUCAGCAGUGUCUGCUGGAGUUGCGAUUCACCCAUCCACUCACAACCCGGUACCGUACAAUGUGGUGCAUGAGAAAGGCACACAGGUGGACGAAAGAGAAUUCGGUGCAACCCAAAGCCGCCUCGAGAGUCUGAGCAUCCUCAGCCGUCAUUUUAAACUAGUUGGUUUUGAAACAUUGGAGGACUUGUAUGACAAAUGUCAACAAGACUUAGAGUGGACAACCAACUUGCUACUGGACUCUGGAGAAAAGCUCUUCAGAGAUGAGGAUGUUUUGGAGGAGCGUGGUGCUCAGGUCAAAGUGGAAGAGACCACUACACCUUUAGAAAAGACAUUAGAAACCGGAGUGGCGGGUGAGCCGACUGAUAUUGUCCACAUUCUUCAACAAUCCGCAUUUGAGGCAUUCAGCAAGUUGGGUGGAACCUCCAGUGCUGAUUUAUCUAGUUUAGGAAGCACAGCUUCUCCAGUCACAAACCAGUUUGAUACACUUUCACACACAGUACAAUACAAUCCAAGCCCAACACCUUUGGAAGACAAUGAAGACAAAGAACCUAAAGGAACAACGGAGGAAUGGAGUGUUGACAUUGCAGAUGACAUUGCCAGUUUGGAUGAGGUCAACCGACUGCUGUUGGCUGAGCUGGAAGAGUUGGAGAGAGUAGAAGAACAGAAGAAAGAGGAAAGGAAUAGUGUGCAAGACACAGGCAGCCAUGUCCUGAACAUACAGCGUGUGGAGCUGAAACUACCCACUGAGCUGGCCCUCCAACUAACUGAACUGUUUGGACCUGUGGGGAUCGAACCAGGUACAUGCUCUUCUGAAGACUAUGCAGUGCAGAUGGACAUGAACCUGGCAAAGCUGCUCCACCAGAAGUGGAAAGAAACAAUUCAGGAACGACAAAGACAAGCGACUGUUUCCUGCCACUUACUUCAACACACACCAUGGAGUGGAUCUCAAAUGGGCAAAGCAACAUCGUAUCUCUGCAACAAAGAUGCAGACAGUCAAGCUGGGCUGCCAGUCAUGGACCACUGGAAUUUCUCCCAGCCUCCUGUCUCCCUACGGAACAUCAUAAAAGAGGAACUGGCCAUGCAGAACAUAGAGAAGUCGAGACAAAGUAGGGCAGACCUCAGCAGGCGUGAUGGAGCGUCCAUGUUGAAAGAGGAGCAGCUUUACUCCCGUUUCCCCACCAUUGAUAGACACUUUCUCCAGGAAGUAUUCAAGGACCAUAAUUACUGCCUCAGCCAGACAGAACUUUUUCUCAACUCUUUACUGGACCAAGAGCCUGUCAAGACCGUUGUCGCUCCAGAACUGCCUAAAUCUGACCACCACCGACCUGCCAGCAAAGAGAGGGAACAGAGGCAGAAGAUUCCGGACUUAUCCAUGCCCUUCCAGAACUACCAGGACACAGAGGAUCCUCAAUAUGAGGACUUCAGGGCUGAGGCGAGUCUGCAAAGAAAUCGGCAGCUUGAGUGUUUUUCUAAGGCUGCUGAGGCUCACAGGCAAGGACGCAAACAAGUGGCUUCAUUUUAUGCACUGCAGGGACACUUACACGGGCAGAAGAUGCGUGAGGCCAACCAUCGUGCAGCAGUUCAGAUCUUUGAGAGGGUCAACUCCUCGCUUCUGCCAAACAACAUCCUGGACCUCCAUGGGCUGCAUGUGGAUGAGGCCUUGGAGCAUUUGGGCCGCGUCCUCCAUGACAAAAAAACAGACUGCGAACAAGGUCUGUGUAGACCACAGCUCUCUGUCAUCACAGGAAGAGGCAACCACAGCCAGGGGGGCGUGGCCCGCAUCCGCCCUGCCGUUAUAAACUACCUCACCAAAGCACACUACAGGUUUACAGAGCCAAAGCCGGGCCAUGUGUUGGUUUCUUUGAAGUAAUGAAGAAGUUGGUGUUAAAGCCGCAAUGAGAAACAACGCUUACUAACACAUGAACAAAGAUCAGUAUGCUACACUCGGGGUUCUUUCUUCUUUGUCAUCUUUGUGUGUCUUAAAAGAAACCAAAAUUCUUUAUUUUCAGCUCAAUUCUAUUUAAAUUUGAAAUGCUUUCUUAUGGCAAUAAUCAUUUUAUGAAUCAGCAUAUUUUAUAACAAUUUUUAACUGUGUGUUGGCUUUGCAAUUGUUUCAGUGGCUUUUAGGGUUUUUAAUAUCAGAAGUCCGGUAGAUGCUCCUCGGUUGUUCUUUAUGGUUUUAGAUGAUAUUACUUUUCCAUAAUUGGUCUUACUUGGAUUUUAACGUUUCAUGUACUGUAAUUUGGACAUCCAGGAGGAGGGUCUCCAUUGGUUUGAACCUGAUCAUGUAUCAGUGGCCAGCUCAUGUGGCUUGUGUGGAAGUGUGUUGGUAAACCUCACUCCCGGACACCGUAACAUGGACAACGAAUCGAAGGCUCAGGCUUUUAGCCGGGAUCUGUGGAUGUGGGUUUGAGCCCAGACAGGAUGGGGGCUGGCUGGACUGCAUGUGUCACACCCAACUAACAUCAAUAUGAGUGUGAAAAAUUCACAUUUUAAAGACCAAACCAUUCAUUGUGUUCAUUAUCAAAAUACAUAUCCUGUCUAUAUUUGUAGCGCAGACUGCAAUAUAUUGUAAAAACUGUGAAGCCAGAGUUGUAUUUUUUGUAUACAAUGUACAUUGAUGCUUUGUAAUUGAAAUUGGAUGAUUGUAUACAGGAAUAAAAUGUGUUAUUUCAUAUUCCCUAAAAGGUUGUUCUUCUGCACUGACAA